AGUCACUGUCUUCUGUUUACGGAAGUCAGAUCCGGUGUCUCCUCUAUGGAUAAUUCCACACCGUAUUCCCGUUAAAUUCACCUUUACGGCUCCGGUUUGACUCUCUACACACGUCCAGGCCGUAGAUCGGUGUCGUCGCCGUCAUGUGGGACCAUGAGAUCAGAUCCAUGGCGUCCUCUCACGCCAUCGUGGCCGCCUCGGUGUUCAUGGCCACCGUGGUGCCCGCGGUGCUCGUGCCGGGCUUCUCGGUGUACGGGACUCACCUGCUCUGGCUCUACUCGGUGUCCGCUGCCGUGACCGGGGUCAGCGUGGCCGUGUCCUGGCUGCUGGGCCUCACACCCCCGACCAAGAAGCACACACUGGGAUAUAAGCUGUCUCGGUUGUUUCGCUCCUGUCUUUACUUCUUCCUGUCGUGCCUGUUCUUUCACGUGGUGCUGGUUCUUUAUGGAGCGCCGUUGAUCGAGUCUGCUGUAGAAACAUUUUCCCUCGCUGUGCUGCUGACGUCCCUCACCAGCCUGAGGUGUCUCUGUGUCCUCGGUCCAAACGUCCAGGCCUGGAUCCGAGUGUUUAGUCGACAUGGAGCCAUGUCCAUAUGGGACACCUGUCUGCAGAUCACGGUGGCCUGUACGUUGGUUGGAGCCUGGCUGGGAGCAUUUCCCAUCCCUCUGGACUGGGACCGGCCGUGGCAGGUGUGGCCUGUUUCCUGCAGCCUCGGUGCGAUGAUCGGCUAUCUCACGGGACUCGUUGUCGCUCCUGCGUGGAUCCACUACCAUCGUAAACAGCUGACCUACAAGAGCAAGUGACGGAUAGACGCCGCAUAUGACUUUUAUACAUCCUGCUGUUUUCCUUUGACUUUUUACAGAUUAUUUAUUGGGAACAUUCCUGUGGGAAACGUGAUUUUGUAAAAACAUUAGACUGUGAGCAGCUUUAUUUUGUACGCAUGAAGGCUGAAUGUGUUCCUAAAAGCUUUGACAUGAAUAAAAUCUGACUUCUGUAACAGCCUGGA